AUGUCAAGGUUUUCUCUAAGGCUAACACUUUUUGUCGCGAUAGCAGUGUACACUUUCACUGAGAUCGAGGCUGGAUGUUGUUGUGGGAAUUGCUGUGGUUGUGGAUGUUGUCAACCCUGUUGUAAUUGUCUGCCUUGCUGUAAUCCCCCGUUGUUGAUCAAACUUCCACCUACGCCGCCUAAGCUUUGUCCGGUGCCGUGUUGUGGAUGCUGCUGCUGCAGACCUUGCUGUAAGUCGGGAAUCUGUAGUGGCAAAAAACGUAUAAUUUUGCGUCCGGAAAGAAUCAAAAAAUGUGGCAAAAUACCUCCCUCUCCAAGUGAGAAAAUCCGAUUUCAAAAGCGUUCCCUUCUUUCACUUGGAAAGGGAGUCAUUUUGCAACAUUUUUUGAUACUUCCCGGUUGCAAAAUGGGACGUUUUUUGUCACUAAAUCAAGUCCGUCACUGUAAGCAUUAGGUGUAGAAAAAAAAGAUUUUCUUGUAAAAAAGUAUUCAAAUAUUGAAAAGCCCUUUCUAUGGCUUGCAGGAAGGGCUUUAUAAACGGACCUCAUAGUCUCAAUACCCUUACUUCAGUUGAAUGAAAAGCUUCCAUCCGAUGUAAUCUUUUUAGUCGCUCCUUUCUAGUGCUGCAUCUUCAUUGAACUUUCUUUUAUGUAGAUUCAAAAUUCAGUACAACGAAUCACUAUGGACCAAAAAAAGCAUUCUUUAUUGAAAGGGGUCCGUUGUAUAGAGAUAUGUCAUUUAUUAACCUCAAUUUUACUUUUGUAGCCUCAGAAAUUAAGAUUACAAGAUUUUUAUAGGAAGGUAUUGUUGCACAAGAGUUCAAUGUAUAAAAUUUCCGCUAAAAAGAUCGCUUAUUCUACCGAAAUUUAGAAAACUCCCUCAUUGAACCAUUUAUUUCAGGCUGCUGUCCAUGCGGUGGCCGGAAACGACGUGAGAUCCAGCUUGAGAGGGCCCACAAAUCCUACAAGAAGACCUCUUGUUCAAAACAUUGCAAACGUUGUGUAGGUCAAGAGCACAAGAAGUCAACCAAAAGCCAUCCACGGCAUACCCGCAAUGCCCCGACUGAGCGAAUCUCCCCCAAGUUUGUGGUUGCGCCGGCGCAGCAAUCGCAGCCGCAGCAACAAUGUGUUUGCAAUUGCACAUGCUAG